AUGGCUACGCACCACGUCCGUCAUCCUUCAAAAAGGUCGCUGCCGGCGCACGCACGAUCCACCAAACCUGCUCCGCUCUCGAAACGGUCACAUUCCUACGGCAAAGGCAGUACUAAAGCCGCCCAUCAGAAGGAGGUGGAGACCGAGUCCUGGGACGACGAGGAAUCGAUGGCUGUCAGUUUCCUGAACUUUUGCUGCCGCAAGAAGGAUACCGAGAAGAGCCUCGCCUACGGCUUCGACGCGUACUCUCCACCUGCUACACCGUUUGCCAACUUCUCGUUUGAGGAUUUCCAUUUUCGCGACAUUGUGCCCCAGCGAUCUCCCACGCAGCCUGAAUCAAAACGAUCUUCGCUUGCAUUCUCAGACAUCUCCUCGGACGACAACGCGUGGUCCAUCAACGAGAAAUCAAACACCAUGAACUCAGAAGCAUCGCGCUACUUGCGCCAAUUCCAGUCAUCUAUAUGCGCUACUGAGACCCCGUUCAUCUACCUCGCAAGUCAGCUUCAGUGCUGCGCCGUCAUUAUCACAUACACCAGCGUCGUCAGUCAGCUACUCAUUACCAUUCACCCCAGCGACAUCUCGCCCGCUUCCUCCUAG